AGCCAGGUGCGGGCGCUCUCGUGGACGCCAAACCACAUGACACAAGCAGCCAUUCGAUCGCGGAAGUGCGACUUUUUUGGACCGUGGAAAAGGGGGGCAGUCUGGGGAGGAAAGGAAGGCAGAGCUGAAAAGUUUCUUGACAUUACUCGACGUUUAAAUGAGCCUGGCGAGACAGGGCGGUUUACCCAUACCUGUUCGUUCUUUGUUCCUUAAAUGUAAUAAUUUCAGGAGUAAAUCUAAAAAGUGCUUUAGCAGAGCGGGACCGGAAUCGAAGGGACAGGAGGAGGAAGCGAGUGGAAAAGAUAGGAGUAACGGGACAGUCUGGAGAACGGGAAAGAAGACGUGGGAGGGGGAGAGGGGGAGCGAGAGAUCAUCUGGAAGAAGAGGGCAAGUGUGCUGGAGAGGGAGAGAGAGCUGGAGAGGCAGAAGGUGGAGGAGGAGAAGAGGAACGCUGUGGAGUACACCGUGUGGAGGCUGAGGGAGGGAUUUCAGGAAAGGAGAGAGAGAGAGGAGGAUAGUCUCAAGGGGAGGAGUGCAGAGGGUGGGAAAGAAGUGCAGCCGGAGGUUAUCUGGAAAAAAAGAGAAGAGGAGGAGGAGAAAGAAAGGGAUAGAGGUCGCCUUUGUGACAGAGGUCCCAGAAUCAUCUGGAGGAGGAGGGAAAGAGAGUGAAUGCUGUGGAUGUGUCAGCACUAAAGCUUCUCAGAUGUGUGACGGGAAGUGAGGUGGCAGAUUUGGAGUGAAUAAGAUUAGUCCAGACUAAGUGUUAACUACAUAGUGUACAACAGCUGUUACAUGUUGUAUAAAAUUGAGUGUUACAUUUUAAGCCUAGCCUAUAUAAACGACCACAUUAAUAUAUUUACGUACUUUAUGGUGCUUACAUCGCAAAGCCAUUAAAAUAACCAUUAUCGACAUACAGAUUCAAGUACCUAUACAUAACGUUUUAAUUUCGCUUAAUGCUUUUUAAUGUGAGCGGCUCAAUAAAUAAUUUAGCGGAACUUUAGGUUAAUAGUCAAUAUCGCAACACAUUUUAUUCAAAACGUAAUUGGCAGACCCCGUACAGAUCAAGGACCCCCUAUUGAAGAUACUUUAUUAUUUUUAACACUUGGACUAAACGAAGUCUUUAAAGCAGUGAUGAGGAUUAAGACGAUCACUCAUAUAUAUCUCGACUUUAUCAUUAAGUGAUCUGCGUUCACUGGAUCAGUACUUUAGAAUUUUCCGUCCAUCUGUUCCCGCUCACCUCUCUCUCUCUUUCACUCGCUAUCGAUCUGUCUGACGGAAGGCUUCUCUCUCAGAGUCUCAGCUGCAGCUAAUAGGCUUUUUAUGUGACUCUGUCAGACAAGAGCUACUAGAGUGGAGUCCGGUACACGCACAGACACACACAUACACGGAGGCAUUUAAAACAACGGUACUGUCUUUCACACAGGCGGAUCGCAUCUGGUGCACAAAUUAGAAACACACCAAUGUCAUGACAAUCAUACUUGAGUCGAAUUUUUCGUGCUUUGAGAAUCAAUCCUAAUACGCUCUAUGCAGACCUAAGAUCUGAUGCAAACUUUUCUACGCCUUGCGUAUGACAACAGUGGUUCUGAUGUCUCUGUGAUCUAGGCUGGUGCUUCUCGGAAUAACUUUUUAUCGUCCCACUUUUUGGACUAAGCUGUCUGCCCACUGUCAUCUCUCCGGUGUGAUGAUGAAGCGAUCAAUGGAUGGAGAAAAACAGAGGACUGUAAAAGAGAAGACAAGACAAGUUAUUGAUUGUAAUAAAGAGAGACGUGGGGAGACAUAAAGAGCUUUAGUGGACGCUGAGACGGUGAACAAUCAUCAUGGAGCUCGUCCCCAAAACCAAAUACACGCCGUUCAGGAGCGACUCCUUUAGCUCGACGGACGAGACGGCGUCCAAUCCUUCCCUUCCUUCUUCCGCUCCUCUCACUCCUCUCACCCCUCCCGGCAUUCCUCCUUCUCUCUCUUCCUCCUCCCUCACCCCCAUCCUCCCCCCUACCUCUCCACGGCAGGCUGAGAAUAGCCCCACCACCCUCUGCUCCUUCUUCCCCAGGAUGGGAGCCCUACGGCUCGGAGUGUCUUCCACUCUGCUCCCAGGCCUGAAGGCCUCCAGCAGGCCGACAGGUGCGGCGGGCGGUCAGGGAGGUUCAGGCGAAUCUCCCGAAGACGCCGGCACCCCGGCCGCCAGUUGUUCUCCUCUCCUUUCGCUAACAGCCCCGUCUCCUCCUCCUCGUCCUCCACAGGAUAUGAACCGGCUGGGCGGGGCCUCUCGGAGGGCCCGAGUGGAAGGGGGCCAGCUAGGCGGGGACGAGUGGACACGGCACGGUUCCUUCGUCAACAAACCCACGCGAGGUUGGCUGCACUCGGACAGUGUGGUCAGCACCACCGGGGUCUCUUACACUGUCAGGUAUAUGGGCUGCGUAGAAGUGCAGCAGUCUAUGAGAGCACUGGACUUCAACACCAGAACUCAGGUUACCAGGGAGGCGAUAUCAGUUGUGUGUGAGGCAGUGCCAGGUGCCAAAGGAGCUCAGCGCAGAAGAAAGCCCACCUCUCGAUGCCUCUCCUCCAUUUUAGGGAAAAGUAAUCUCCAGUUUGCUGGGAUGAUAAUCAACCUCACUGUGUCAACCAGCAGUUUAAACCUACUGGCAGUUGACUGCAAACAGAUUAUCGCCAACCAUCACAUGCAGUCCAUCUCUUUUGCGUCAGGAGGAGACCCAGACACAGCAGAGUAUGUAGCCUACGUCGCCAAAGACCCUGUCAAUCAAAGAGCGUGUCAUAUCCUGGAGUGUUCAGAGGGAUUGGCUCAGGAGGUCAUUAGCACCAUCGGUCAGGCUUUUGAACUCCGUUUCAAGCAGUAUCUGAAGAACCCCCCUAAACUGGUCACCCCUCACGACCGGAUGGCUCCAUUCGAUGGGUCAGCCUGGGAGGAAGAGGAAGAAGACCUGGCUCCACCCCCAGACGUUCCGUAUUAUAAUAACUUUCCUGGCAAACAGCCUCCUCCUGGAGGUUUGUUUGACAUGAGGACCCGCCAAGGCCACAGCACGGGAUCCACAUUGCCGUAUGGACAGCCCAGCCAGAACGAUAUUCACAAGCAGCCACUACCUCCUUUACCAGUGGGGGUUAAGGAAGGAGGCUUGUUUGAUGACCCUUCGUACGUCAAUGUGGAUAAGCCCCGCCCUCCAACGGCGGCAGCAGCCAACGGGAAUGCUCACAGAGAUGCAUUUGACAUGAAACCAUUUGAUGAUGCUUUAGGUGUGUCGGGUGCAGUGGCGCCUCCUCUGGCAGAGCAACUGCAGAACGAGCCUUGGUUCCAUGGGCCUCUAAGCCGCAGACAGGCCGAACGGCUUUUGACCAAGGAUGGAGACUUUCUGGUGCGGGAGUCAGGCACCACACCAGGCCAAUAUGUCCUCACUGGACAGCAGGGCGGUCAGCCCAAACACCUGCUUCUGGUGGAUCCCGAGGGAGUGGUACGCACCAAAGAUCACCGCUUCGAGAGCGUUAGUCACUUGAUCAGCUAUCACAUGGACAACCGGCUACCAAUUAUCUCUGCAGGAAGUGAAGUGUGUCUGCAGCAGCCAGUUGAGCGCCGAAUUUGAGAGAAACAUGAUGGGAUUUUUCUUUACUGUGCUAAAAAAGCCUUUGUUUCCCACUUUUUUUGCCACACUGUUUUAGAACUUUUUUCAACUGGGAGUAUAAGCUAAUCAUAGCAGAGUCAUAAAAAACAGAAUUUUAUACGCCGUCAACCACCAACCAUGAAAUUUUAAAGCGAUGCAAUCAUUACUCAAAGACUAAAAGACUUUUGAAAUGAGCGUGUACAAAAAGCCAAACUGAAAUGGUGACACGUCUAAAAGAGGAAAAGGAACCAGUAUUGGGUGUGACAUCAUUUCCUCAACACAAUGUCAUGUCUUUAAGACUGAGGUGCACCUGUAACCAUGGCAACAGACUUAGGCAUUCAUAGAGUUGAUGUAAAUUGACUGAAAUCACAGUACCUUUGUUGCACUCUAAAAAUUGGGAUGCAAUGGAAAUAAUCUGAAAACUCGUGACUCAUUAUAAAAAAAAGAGCUGUUUUGUUUGUGAAGAUAAUGCAUUCGAUUUAUUCUUGAAUGAAAAUGCAAAACUUUAAAGAGAAUACAAAGCUCCCACAACUCACUUUCGCCAUAAAAUGAAUCGCAUCUGUUGCGAUUCCAACUGGAAUAUGUCUGCGGAAGAGCUCCCGCCAGAGGAUAACACUCCGAAUUGCCUCUUGUUCUCACUCCGAAAUGCCCUUUACAGAAUUCUGAUGUGAUCCCGGGAAAGAUUAGGAAUUUUGGCCAUUUGGGAACACCCCUGAACAUAUGUGAAAGCUUUAGCAGCCAUCACAGGUGCUGUGUGGAAUUUUCCUUAUGCAAAUAAGCAGAUGCUGUGAGGGACUUAUCCCAGGCUCUGUGAGGUAUAAUGCAGAUAUACUCAAUUACUGGAAAAGGGAUGUUUCUUUUCCCUAUAACAUCAUCCAUCUGCCUGGGAGAACAAUGAGAGAAUGAACCAUGAAGUGCAUUGUGGAUGUGAGUAUAAAUCUUUAAUCUGAAAAGGACAAAUGGGCUGAACUGUAAAGAUGAAGUAUGAAGACUGGAUAAGAUCAAAGAGAUCUGUAGUAAAGCCUUCCUAUGAUGUCAUUUUAACCAAGAAUUUGAAUAUUUGUUGCAAUGAUCCCAUUUCCUUAAACAGCGGACGACAUUGUUGGUUUAAUUCUUCAUGCAUUGGGAAACGGAGCAAAGACUAUAUUUUUCUUCUUCAGCUUUUCUUGUGGACUUUUCUUCUUUGUUGGCAUUGACAAUCGAUCUUCACGUGUAUUGAUGAAGUGCUUCUGUAUGUUUAGUUACAAAACAAAGAAUAUAACGUGUAUUCUGGAACAUACAAGCUUUUUUAACAUUCACCAUGAUCACUCUGCUGCAUUUGAAUGAUGCGUUUUGUGGGUGGGGCAGGAUUGCUUGACUUUCCUUACCUGUCAAACUCUGGAGGCCUUCAUUAUGGUGGGAAAAAACACUCCAAAUAAUUUCUGAACGUUGCAGCUGUUUUGCCACCACAAAGUACAGUUUCUGUAUAACCACAAACAGGAAGAGGAAGGACACCAAGUUCUUCGUUUUUUCUUUAUUUGUUCAUUUUUUAUGUUCUGGAUUGUGCCUUUUCAGUCAACACAGACACACCAAUAUAAUCGCCUUCUGUAGAUCUGCCGUAUGGACAUAAACAGAUUGAACCUGCAAAAAUGACACAAUGAGGUUUAAUACAGAUUUGGGGAAAGCGAUCUUCAUUUUCCCUUUGCACGUUCUUUUUGCCUUGCUGUUAUAAUGUGCUCUUAGUUUAGUGCGGAUUAGUGUGGUUUCCAUAAAACUGCUCGGUAUCAUCUUAAACUUGCGACUAAGAACACAUUCUGUUUCUCAUUGGUGGAUAGCAAUGCUUAACAGCCUAUAAGACAACUUGUAUAUACGCUUUACAUAUGCUAACAGCUAUGUAGUUUAUGUAUGUAAGUGUAUCACAUCUAAAACCAGUCAUUCACAUUGUAAAUCUGCAGAGAGUUGGCAGAUUUAUAGCGGAUUGUACUGGGUCACUUACAAAAUCCUGAAGACAACAUAGAAAAACAAAGAUUUCACAAUGUCAACAAUAACCACAUUGAUAUCAUAAUGUGUUCUUCACAAAGCCGCCACAAAUCUGUAAAUGAGACCCAUCACAGCCCAUAUAUGUCUGCUUUGUGAAUCUGAAAUUGGUACCUGGUGACUUGCUUUGGAAUUUGUGAUGUUCAGCCAGCAUUGAUUAUAACCAUGCCUCACAUUAAUGUGAAUUUGAGUGGGUUGUAAUCCAAAUGUAUGCUCAUGGCAUAAAAAGAAUGGUUUGUUUGGUUUUCUGUUUGAUGUGCUGAUGGACUAUUGGAUCUGUUUUUUUUCUGUCUGAGUAUUUGUGUGUGAACGCAUAUGUAUGGACUUGGAGGGCUGAAACAUCUCAAAUAAUCUGGCUUUUGUCCACCACUGAACCGUUUGCUCAUUUUCAUAUUUCACAGCUGCCUUUUGUUGCAUGGAAUCACUUCCUGUUAUUGUGGUAAUGGUGACUUUUGUGCUGUGGUUGGUUGCUAUUUUCUAAGCCAAAGGCUUUUUUACUGGUUUAUCUAUAUACAUAUUUUUUUCCAUGUUUAUGAUUGUUUUAAUGAUCAUUUUUAUGUUGCUGUUCUUUGGGCAAAACAUAAAUGUUUACACAUGUAUCUCAAACAAUAGAUUACAUAUAAAUACAUAUACUGUAUCAUU